AUGAAUGCAGCCAUGGACGAUCUCAAAAAUCUAGACAACAGCAUGGCCCCCUUUUUGUGUGCCAAUGAGAAGCAGGAUCCUUACGUUUUUGUUGCUGACAAGUUAGCAGGCGCACCUGAGAUGCAGGCCGUGAUCCAGGCCGUGAAUCUGUUUCAUUACGACCUGCGACAGAGCGUCAUUGUCUUGACGCAUCCGGGCUUUACACGCAAGGUCAUCCGACUCACCGACCUGCAAAAGAGCACAUGCUUUCGCCGUGCCGUGUUCCCAGCCUAUGGCUACCAGAGUCCAUUUUUGCAAACCCUCUCGGGCUGUUCGGGCGAGGCCAAGGAUCUAUGCGAAGGCUAUCGCAACAAAAUCCCGGAGCGCGCCCACGCGCCAGCCUGCCCUGCCUAA